AUGCCAAAUUCUACAACAGAUCCAGUUGAAAAAAAUUUGUCAGAAAAAGAUUCGAGAGGUUAUGAUGAUUUUCUUAGUGAUUAUAAUAGCGAAGGUGGCGAAGUGGUGAAUGUAAAAAUUGUUGAUUCUCGAGGACGACGUGAAAAAGUUAAAAGAAGUUUGUAA